UCCGGGUCGGGCGCUGCCGUGAGGGGAAGUGCGCGCGGCGGCCCCGGCCCGGCGAGUGGCGGCUCCGGCAGCGCUGUCGCCAAGAUGUCGCGGGGCUCCAUCGAGAUCCCUCUCCGGGACACCGACGAGGUUAUUGAGCUUGACUUCGAUCAGUUGCCCGAGGGUGAUGAAGUUAUAAGUAUUCUGAAACAGGAGCACACCCAGCUGCACAUAUGGAUUGCCCUAGCGCUGGAGUAUUACAAGCAAGGCAAAACAGAAGACUUUGUGAAGCUGCUGGAAGCUGCCCGCAUCGAUGGCAACCUGGACUACAGAGACCACGAGAAGGACCAGAUGACAUGUCUGGACACCCUGGCAGCCUACUAUGUACAGCAGGCUCGGAAGGAGAAGAACAAAGACAACAAGAAGGAGCUCAUCACCCAAGCCACCCUGCUGUACACUAUGGCUGACAAAAUCAUCAUGUAUGAUCAGAAUCACUUGUUGGGAAGAGCCUGCUUUUGCCUGCUUGAAGGUGAUAAGAUGGACCAAGCUGAUGCCCAGUUCCACUUCGUGCUCAACCAGUCUCCAAAUAAUAUUCCUGCCCUACUUGGUAAGGCAUGCAUUUCUUUCAACAAGAAGGAUUAUAGAGGAGCCCUUGCCUACUACAAGAAAGCACUGCGUACCAAUCCAGGCUGCCCAGCCGAGGUUCGGUUGGGAAUGGGUCACUGCUUUGUGAAGCUGAACAAGCUGGAAAAAGCUCGCCUGGCCUUCAGCAGGGCUCUGGAGCUCAAUUCCAAGUGUGUCGGGGCCUUGGUUGGACUGGCUGUUCUGGAGCUCAAUAAUAAGGAGGCUGAUUCCAUCAAGAAUGGUGUUCAACUCCUCUCUAGGGCUUAUACAAUUGAUCCCAGCAAUCCAAUGGUGUUGAAUCACUUGGCUAAUCACUUCUUUUUCAAGAAGGACUAUGGUAAAGUACAACACUUAGCUCUUCAUGCUUUCCAUAACACAGAGGUGGAAGCGAUGCAGGCAGAGAGCUGUUACCAGCUGGCAAGGUCUUUUCAUGUACAGGAAGAUUAUGAUCAAGCUUUCCAGUAUUAUUACCAGGCCACUCAGUUUGCCUCAUCUUCUUUUGUACUUCCGUUUUUUGGAUUGGGUCAAAUGUAUAUUUAUCGAGGGGACAAAGAGAAUGCUUCACAAUGCUUUGAAAAAGUCUUGAAAGCCUACCCUAACAAUUAUGAAACUAUGAAAAUCCUUGGAUCUCUUUAUGCAGCUUCAGAAGACCAGGAGAAACGGGAUAUUGCAAAGGGGCAUUUAAAGAAAGUCACAGAACAAUAUCCUGAUGAUGUAGAGGCUUGGAUUGAGCUAGCCCAAAUUCUAGAACAGACUGAUAUACAGGGUGCUCUGUCAGCCUAUGGCACAGCCACACGCAUUCUGCAGGAGAAAGUACAGGCUGAUGUCCCUCCAGAGAUCCUGAAUAACGUGGGUGCCCUGCACUUCAGGCUGGGAAACCUGGGAGAAGCAAAGAAAUACUUCCUGGCAUCGCUGGAUCGUGCGAAAGCAGAGGCUGAGCAUGAUGAGCAUUACUACAAUGCCAUCUCUGUGACAACAUCCUACAACCUUGCCAGGCUCUACGAGGCCAUGUGUGAAUUUCAUGAAGCUGAAAAGCUCUAUAAAAACAUUCUGAGAGAACAUCCAAAUUACGUUGAUUGCUACUUGCGCUUGGGAGCUAUGGCUAGGGAUAAAGGGAAUUUUUAUGAGGCUUCUGAUUGGUUUAAAGAAGCACUUCAAAUCAAUCAGGACCAUCCAGAUGCCUGGUCUCUGAUUGGCAAUCUUCACUUGGCUAAACAAGAGUGGGGUCCAGGACAGAAGAAAUUUGAAAGAAUAUUGAAGCAGCCCUCCACACAAAAUGAUACUUAUUCCAUGCUGGCUCUUGGCAACGUCUGGUUACAGACUCUCCAUCAACCCACAAGAGACAGAGAAAAGGAGAAACGUCACCAGGACCGUGCAUUAGCCAUCUACAAGCAAGUCCUCAGAAAUGACCCAAAGAAUUUGUAUGCUGCUAAUGGCAUAGGAGCUGUCUUGGCACACAAGGGAUAUUUCCGUGAAGCUCGUGAUGUUUUUGCCCAAGUGAGAGAGGCCACAGCAGAUAUCAGCGAUGUGUGGCUGAAUUUGGCACACAUCUACGUGGAGCAGAAGCAGUACAUCAGUGCUGUGCAGAUGUAUGAAAACUGCCUCAGAAAGUUCUAUAAGCACCAAAACACUGAAGUGUUGUUAUAUUUGGCCCGGGCACUGUUCAAAUGUGGCAAAUUACAGGAAUGCAAACAAACUUUGUUAAAGGCCAGGCAUGUGGCUCCAAGUGAUACAGUCCUCAUGUUUAAUGUGGCUUUAGUGCUGCAAAGACUUGCUACCUCUGUCCUGAAAGAUGAAAAAAGCAAUCUGAAGGAAGUCCUUAAUGCUGUGAAGGAGCUGGAGCUCGCCCACAGGUACUUCAGUUACUUGAGUAAAGUAGGUGAUAAGAUGAGAUUUGACUUGGCACUUGCUGCUACAGAAGCCAGGCAGUGCUCUGACUUACUGAGCCAGGCCCAGUAUCAUGUGGCUCGGGCACGCAAGCAGGAUGAGGAGGAGAGGGAGCUGCGUGCCAAGCAGGAGCAGGAGAAGGAGCUGCUUCGCCAGAAACUGCUUAAAGAACAGGAAGAGAAGCGCCUGAGAGAAAAAGAAGAGCAGAAGAAGCUUCUGGAGCAAAGAGCUCAAUAUGUGGAGAAGACCAAGAAUAUUCUGAUGUUCACUGGUGAAGUAGAAGGAUCAAAGGAGAAAAAACGUGGUGGCGGUGGAGGCAGGCGUUCCAAAAAAGGAACAGGGGAGUUUGAUGAGUUUGUCAAUGAUGACAGUGAUGAAGAUCUGCCCAUCUCUAGAAAGAAAAAGAAGAGGAAGGGCAGUGGCAGUGAACAGGAUGGGGAAGAAGAGGAGGGUGAGAGAAAGAAGAAGAAGAGGAGGAGACCCCAGAAGGCAGAAGAGGGGAGUGAUGAUGAAGAACAUGAAAAUGGCCCACGGCCUAAGAAGCGACGUCCACCCAAAGCAGAGAAGAAGAAGGCUCCCAAACCAGAGCGUCUGCCUCCUUCAAUGAAAGGAAAGAUCAAAUCAAAAGCCAUCAUUUCAUCAAGUGAUGAUUCUUCUGAUGAGGACAAACUGAAAAUUGCUGAUGAUGGGCACGCUAGAAAUAGCAACAGCGAUUCUGAGGAGGGGGAGCAGCAGCACAGCAAACGCAUUGUUUCCGACAGCGAUUCGGAUAACCGGAACAAGUCGGGCAGCGAGGCAGGCAGUCCCCGCAGGUCCAGCGCCCGCGCCUCCGAGGAGGAGUCUGACAGUGACCGGUCCCCGAGGAAGAGGCGGCGCUCGGAGUCGGAGCAGUCGGACAAUGAGUCCGUGCAGUCGGGGAGGAGCCGCGGCUCCGGCGGCUCCGAGAACGAAUCGCGGCCGGCUUCGCGCAGCGCCGAGUCCGACAGGGACUCCGAGAGGGGCUCUGACCACGAGGGGUCUGCCAGAGCUUCUGGGAACGAGUCUGAGCCAGAGGCAUCCAAUGAUGAGGGCUCUGAAGGGGGCUCGGAUGACAGCGAUUAGAGCUGAAUUACAGACCCUAUUUUUAAAAAGUUCAUGUAAAUACAUCUCAGUUACAGGGAAGAUAGAAUUUUUAUAUUUCAAAACUGUGAUUUAAAGAACCUUAAUGUUUUAGUAAACUGUUGUGAGACCUUCUUGUGAUUCUUUCUAUUAGUUACUAAUGGAUGUUUCUCUAAGUUGGCUUAUGGUGUAUUUUUAAAUUUAAACCACUGUAGGUGCACAGAAUCUCUGUCCUGUAGUCAGCACACCGAGGAUGGAAUGCAUGUAAAAACUGUGGAACAUAAAAUCUCCUUAGGUGGUUCAGUGUGGCUGAAACUUUGUUCUGUGAUUAAAGAUGCAUAGAUGGAUCUUAAAAUCCUACCAGAUGCAACAAAGAGCUAUGGAUAUUUAUCUUUUUCCUCACUUGGAGUAAAGGUCAGUAGGGAAGUUUUUCUUACUUUCUAUUAAAGAAUAAAUGUGCCACAAUGCAGCUCUUUUAUGUUUUCAAGGGUUUGUUCUUUUGCUUCUGUUUUUGUGUUAAAUCAGUUGAAAAUGUGCAGAUCUUAGAGAAAUUUUAUAAACUAGUGAUGCAGAUUUAGAUGAAGUAUUUAAAUUGGCUGGUAAAGACAUUUGGGAGAACUCUGUAUUACUUGAGAAUAGUAAAGCUGCAAGUGUCACAAUAAAAUGUUCUUGCUUAUUUGCUUGGAGUGAUUUAUUUUACUCCUUAGAAGGUAUAAGCAGAAUACCUGAAAAAGUUUGAAUUUGAAAUCUCUUUGGAGGAAGUGGUCCUCCCUGUAUUGUAAGUACAUGGCUUUGGAACUAAGUCCUUUCAUAUAAUGUGUUCAGGAAUAACAAUGAAAAAUUGCUGUGCUGUAGACUAAAUUGGAUUUCUCUCUGUGGUUCUGAAAAGGAAAUGUUUUCCUUUUUUUCAUUGGUCAUCAAUUCCUAUGUCAAGCGUUUGCUAAGAGAAGAUUUUGUAGGUCUGGAUAGUGUAUUGCUACCAGUUCUCAUAGACCGUAUGGCCUAAAUAUGUUGCCUUGUUUUUAGGAGCCUGGAUUGUCACUACUGAUAGUUCACUUGAAGCACUAAGUGAAAGUGAAGUUUCCCAUGCUGCUAUUUCUGGUUUGUUGUGAGCAUGAGCUGUUCUCAUUGUGGAUGGGUUUGUUCAUGUGUUUGUGGGCUGUUGGUAACCAUAGCAGACAGCAGAAUGCAGAACACUCAAGAAGUCUCUCCUUGUGGCUCAGUUUGUUAUCAGUUUCUAUCUGUGUUCUUACCUAAAACUUAGCAUCAGAGUAGAAGAACAACCCUCAUGUUUGCUGGGUCAGAGCAAAGCUGAAUCAUGACCCAGAGCCACAGGGAAGCAGUGGAUAGCUGAGCUGGGCAUGCUUGGUGUCACAUGGCUUCAUUUAUGAGGCUGUGGAAAGUGUGAGGAAAUUGGUGCAGCUAAGGAAAGCUGAUACAUGCAACGUGAAACAAGCAGAGCACAGACAGCGUGGCAGGUGUGAGAGUAGCCAGCUCUUAACAAUAGGAAGGAAAACGAUGUACAGCACUUACUGUGGGGUCUUAGAAACUUUUCUCUGCCUCAAAUACACCUCUGCUGUCAUAGCUUUAUCAUGUUACUAAUUCUGUCUUCCUUGUGAAAAGUCUGCAGAUUUUGUUUGAUGCUGUAUGUACACAAAAUACAUCUUCUGUUGGCUAAAGAUAGCUCUAGAUGAAGAAGUGCUGUGUGGGUCUUCAGACCUAACAUCCAGCUGGAGAGAAAUUAUUUCUGGAACUGUAAAAUAACAGGGAUUUUCAGACAUCUCUUUUGAGAAGUAUUUUUUGGCUCUCCACAGUAAGGAGUUGUGUAAGGAGAGGUUAUGACUUAAUACAGCUUGAACUGUUUGAUGUCCAAGACACCAAUCAACAGGGACAGAAAGGGGACAAGGGAUGCAUUUGCUUUGCUAUUCCUCUGCUUUUAUGUAGCAAAAGAGGAAUCAAAAACCAGAAGUAAUUUUCUUUUUUCUUCCCUUUGAGGAGGAAAGUUAAUGGGAGGAUUAAGAUUAUGUAAAAAGUCAUGUGUUGCUGUAGUUGGAGAGAAAGCUGUGUUUUAGCUUAAUUCAUAUUUUCUAAUGCUUGUUUUUUGAAAGUGCUGUGGUGGAAUAACAUUGCCGUAAUUCUCUCUUGGCAGCAUUCCUUGCCUUCUGAAGUAGGUUGUUGGCUUGCAGCUAUUAAAUUCCUUUAUUUUUAGCAGUAAUCUAUUCCUGGAUGAAAUACAGCAAGUUAGAAGUGUAACACUGCCUGGCUAGCAAGUGCUUUAUUCCUAGUUUGUGUUUUGCAUCCAUUCAAUCCGCAGUUCCAUGGCUGCAGGAAGUGUUUCCUGCUGAGCUCUGUUGCUGCAUUUUGUGUGAGCAGCACAUAAUCUCCAGAAUACAAGAGGAAAGGAGCGUGUAGAAUUUGCUCUCACUCCUGAAAUUUGU